AUGAUUACCGGUCAUGAUAUUCAACUCAUUCGAAAAGAAAUAACAUCCGUGGCAUCAACUUCACAGAGAUGUAUGGUGGUUUACCCACUAGGGAAGAAAAGCAGACAACGUGUGGGUAUAGGCGAGAAAACCGGCGCCGUGACGGUCUUUUCACUUGGAAAGACAAUGGAACGGGUGUUGGCAUUUGAAACACCUCCGCAAAACCGACCUGUAAGUUGUGCUACCAUUUAUGAAGAUCAGAUCUUUUUUGUACAUGGAAGUGUAUUGGAUGCGUACUCACGAAAGGGAAAACUUUUUUUUUCCUUUGAUACCAAUGUAACAGAGGUGAUACAUACUGUUUUUGUUUCCACACCAUUUAUUAUAACAUGUGGUAGUUUCAUGGUAACUGGAUUUCGUGAGGCCAAAGAACUUGGUUUCUACAUGGCACCUGAUCGUAUUAACGCCAUGGUGGCAUUUAUUUCUACUACGGCUUUGACCAUUAGUCGUGAUGAACGUGCUUUUGCGGAUUAUUGUUAUAUUCUUGGAUGUAAUGACCGUACCCUUCGUAUGUUGAGAAGUCAUAAACCUGUAGUGGAAGUCCAAUGUAAGGCUCCUGUUUCUUCUCUCUACUUUAGUGAGGCAUCUCACAAGGUUUAUUAUGGGACAAGUGCAGGUUCUUUAGGAUGCAUGGAUGUAAGGAACAAUGAUUUUUCUCUUAGUCGUGAUUUUAGCUAUAUUCCAGAUGAUCGUCAAGCGGCGGUAACAGCUUUGUCAGUUUUUGAUAUUAAUAUGGAUAAAAGAGAGGAACUGUUAGUGGGACGCCAAGAUGGAUCAGUACAAGUAUUUUACAUUCACAGAGAGAAUGAAAUUUCUAGUGGCCAAGUUGUUUGUAUAUGGUCUGGAAACGCAGAUGAAAGUGUACUUUCCAUUGCUGGUGGAUUUAUUACACAUGCUAAUCGUCCUGAUGUAUUGGUUCACUCUUUUAGUGGAAGAAUUACAGCUUUUUCACUUAAAGAAGGGGAUCGUAUUACUGGAGGUGGAGACGCGGCCUCUGUACCUACUACUGCAGCAGUUGAUUCUGAAGAGAAUAAAAUUGAAAUUCAAAUUAAUGAUAUUCGUGGAGAAAUUGCUGCUCUUAAACAGGCAAUUGUUGCCAAAACCAAUGAGUUAGCGGAGCGUACAGGUACAAAAGGGACUGGUACAUCUCUUCUGGCUGUUUCUUCUACUUUUACCGUAAAAGUUACACUUUCGCAACAAAAAGAUAGCCCCGCACUGUUGCUAAUGAUUGAGUCCGAUACUCCUAUAGAUUGUGCUACAAUACAAAGUGAGGUCCAACUACACUUUGUAGAGACAUCUUCCGCAGAAGUUGUAGUACAGGAAGAAAUUCCACAAAACAAUCCAUUAACGAAAACACUCGCCAUUGUGCGACCAUUAGAAUCUCGCAAGUAUAGUUGUUCCGCUACCUUUUGGAUGCCUGACGGUCAGUGGGGAUUAUUAAAAAUUACCAUUCUAGGAGCUCUCGCUCCUCGUACGGCACAGGUGAAAUUUGUACAACUACGACCUUUACCACUUUACGCCCACGUUGGGGGCAAUGACAAGGAUUCAAGUACGACAGGAUUAGCAACUUCUACAAUGGAGGUAGGAGGUGAUUUCACUGCUCGAGAGAUGCAUGGUUGGUUGUUGAUGUUACUCUCAGGGACUCCAGAGUUGUAUCAGUCAAAGGUAUCCACUUUACGAUUUGAGAAUACCUUUACACAUGAUACUCUUGAGGUGAAGUACGCUGAUGGAAAUACAGUGUUUACUGCUACUUCACUACUGACAUUAACUGUUAUUAAGCGUUAUAUUAGUAGCUGUGCGGUAGAUAGAUCAUUGGCGUUAACUUUUCGUUUCUCAAUUCAUGAUGAUGCAGUUAACUCCAAUCUACAGUGUAUUUCACCUCGUCUUGCCAAUUGUAAUAAGACUUUUAAAGAUCUUCGGCUUCUUGAAGCACUUCACGAGUUACACGGGAAUCAACAAGGAGAUAAUAAUCUUCUAUCUGAGGAUAACAAAGAACUUCUUGAGAAGGCAGAUAAAUCGAAGCAAGAGCAUGCACAGACUUCACUCAUGAGGGAUUAUUUGCAAAUGUCACUUUUAGCACUUUAUGAUAGCGUUUCUGAUUUGGUACCAGAAACGCCUAAGAUGACUGUGACAACAAAAGAAGCAUUGAUUGCUGUAAGUGAAAAUAGUGACUCAUCGGAUAUGCAGGAUGAGCUUGAACAAGUCUUCGUCUGCAAAAGAUAA